CAUAGUUCGAAUUUCCUCAGUUCGGAAUUAAAUAUCUUUGAUAUAAAUGUAUAAGAAAAUAUCUUGUAAAUUAUAUGUUCUUCGUAGGUUUUACAUAUGAUUUUGUAUCAUUUAUAAUAAUUAAACUUCAUUCUGCUUUCUUUUCAUCGGACAAAUUAUGGUCGGGCCCUGUGCUUGAGUCGACUCGGUACUCGUCGCGUCUCGUGUACAGACAGCGAACCACUACAUCCAUCCGCGAAUGCGGAUUGCCCUCUUCAUAGCUUCUCUCAUGUACGCAAUUGCAUCUAGUUCGCCAAUACCAAAAUGACUGUAAUUGUGUAUUUGCCUUGUUUCAAGUAAUUAUCAUCAUCCAGAUUGAAUAGUUUACAGCUAAGACAGAUGGUUGUCAGAAAACAAGAUAAAUUUCAGUCACUUGGAGCUAUUACGGACUUCAUUUUAUGAAAUGGGGAGUCCAAGAUAUCCUCCAGCCUAUUUUAUUCUGAGGAAACUGAGGUAGAAGCAAGGGCACCGGAGAAAGAUGUGGAGAUUUUCAAGUCCACAUGUUCUGAUAUUCGAGAGACCAUGCUUGACAUUAAAUCACUUAAAGAUAAAAAGGCCCCACUGGAUGAAAUCGACAAGAAAAGAGUCAGUGUUACAGUGGACUUUAUAAAUCUGAAAAAACUAAAUCGGCUGGCUCACAUGCGCUGCAAGAAAGUCAGGGAACAUACAAAUGAGGCCAAACAAAGGAUUGACCAGUACCACCUUCAGCUACAGAACCUCCUGUAUGAGACUAUGCACCUAGAGAAAGAGAUUACUAAGUGUUUGGAAUUCAAAUCAAAAGAUGAAGAAAUCGAGCUUGUGACUUUGAAGGAAUUUUAUGAUGCUGCCCCAGCUGACAUCUCCCGGCCCGAAUCAACAAAAACUGAUCCACAUCAGCAGAGAUUGGCUAGACUGGGCUGGGAGUUAGAGCAGAGAAAACAACUUGCCAAGAAAUUGAAAGAUUCAAAACAAAGCAAAGAAGGACUUGCUCAAGAAAUAAAAAACAAACAAGAAUAUUUAGAAAAUCUACAGCCCAAACUGAAAACUGUUUUGGAGGCCACUAAGCCUGUCCAGGAGUACUUGGACAUGCCAUUUGACCAGAUCAGAGAACAACAGGAGACUGCCCGGCACCUCCCCCCUGCUCUCUAUGUUCUCUACAUGCAAAUUUCAGCGUACAGACAAGCUUGUGACAAAGGCCUUCAAAUCAGCAUCAUUGGAGACCUACAGGCUGCAAAAGCCAUCAAAUCAAGUGCAAAGGUUGUGGAGGAGGACAGCGACUCUGAUCAGGAGGACCAGGAGCAUGCCAAGAAAUCCAAAAGAAGAAGGAAGACAGUGGAUAGUCGUGUUCAAGAACGCAAACAGCGAGCUCUCAAAAAGCACCCCCUGACGGUCAAACUAGACAUCAACUGUAAAGAUGGGAAUAGUUUACAUUUAACCUUCCACUUCCUGCUGACCCUGGAGAUCAUCACCGUUAACGUCAGCCUCAGUUUGGCGGAGAGUAACGCCUCCUCUGUGUCUGGGAGUGAUCUCCUAGCACCAGAGUCCAUUCUAACAGAUCUUUACCCUGGUGACCAUGGCAACACCUCCCCUAACCCAGCCAAUCACUAUGAGCUCCGGAAAUUAGGUCUAAAGGAUUUCACCAGCUACAUCUCAGAAGUUGGUUGGCCAUAUCUAUGGGCCCAGUGGCUGGGGGGCCUGCAGUUCUUGGAGAACAAUGCUGUAAACACUCCAGAUGAGAAUGUCAGCUUUGCUCACAUGCAGGAGACAAUUCGACGACUGAAACACAGAGUCAGAUCAAGACUGUGUUUGAUGAAGCAGACAGCAGCAUUUGAGACCGGUAAUGUGGUGGUGAAUCCUGAAUACCAAGGAUUGUUCCCCAGUAAGAUUGUGUCUCGUCUGACGUCAUGGAAACGCUCCACAUUUGAAGACUUCUCAUCACUGCCCAACACACAGACACUUGUAGCAGACGAUAUAGUGGAGAAGUCAGACAUCUUCUUCACAGCUGUCAUUGAAAGGGGAUCAGCUAAGAUGACAGCCCAGGUUGUAAUGACCCAUGACUACCCUAAGGUGGCUCCAAUGUUCGCUGUGUCUGUGUUAUGGCAGCAUGAGAGAUCCGCAGUCAAUGAUGAACACGUAAAAGAAAUGGAGGAAGAGGUGAAUGUUCACCAUGAGGAGCUUAUGAAGUCUAAGUCAUGUGACACAAUUCUGUCCAAUCAGAUGCAGCGACUGUUGAUGUGCUUUGACAUAUAUUUGGAGACAGAGGCAGCUGGGUCGGAGGAGGAAGGUCCACGGGAAAUCUCCAAGGAGAAAAUAUACAACAGAAUGCUGAGAGGACCAAGCAGAAGCAAGCCAUUCCAAUACUGUCCAGAUAUUGGCAUCUUUACACACAGAUGAAAAUUUCAAAAAUACUAGCACCUCCCAUAGAAUUAUUUACAUAAAUCUUCAUGUUCAAAGUCAUGAUACUAGUAUCUAAAAUGACCUUGUGGAAAAAAAAUUAAUGUUUAAAUGUGUCACAUUUCUCUCUAUAUAUUUCAAGACAAUAUUUGAAUGUGUUGUUAAAUCUUUUUAUUGAAUGCAUACAAAUAAAUCAUAUGAAGGAAAGAAUUUAACAAAA